UGAUGAUUGCUGCUGAAAUUUUAUCCGAUAAGGUAUUAAAUAUGAUAAUAUCAUGCUAGCCAGAAGACCAAUAUUAGAGACUAGAGAAAGCUGUAAAUUAAUUCAUGUAUAAUUUAUUUAGAUGAUUGAAUUGUUUAAAUAUGAUAAUUUACUUAACAAUGAAUACCUUGUUAGAAAAUUUGAGACUGAUAUUUUAAAACCUGAUUGGUAUAUGCUAUAAUAUGUUGUUGUAUAAAGAGAGAAUUCAAUUAAAAGUUAAUAUGUGUAAAAUGAAUUGAAUACUCGCAAGAAAUAUCAUUUAAUUUUAACAGAUGUAUUAAAGAGAUAUUAAUAUUUAAGAUUUUAAAUAAAUAUAACAAAUAAUUAUGGAAUUUUGAUCAUCAAAUGUUAAUCAUUCGUCCUUAUUUUCCAACAGAGAGAAAAAGGAUAUAAAUAAAAAUACCAGUUUUGAAUGUAGCUCUCAUUAAAGAAACACUUUAAAAAUCUGGCUUUACAAAAGAGGAAUUAAUUUAUGAAGAAGACAUUUAUUAAGCUGAUAAAACAUAUGUAAAAUUAAUAGUUACAUCUUAAACUGAAAAUUAUGCAAUAGGAAUUUUUGAUUUUUUGAUGUCAAAAAAGGCAGAACUUCAAAUUGAUUCAGUAAUUAUGUAAAAUGUUGAUUAUUUGGAUGAAUUUCAUAAAUAAAUAAAUGCUAAAAAAUGCUCAAUGAUGACAAAGAAGAUCGAAUAACAAGACAAUGAUUAAUAAGGAUAUAAAAGAAAUGAUUAAUAUGAAGAAUAAGAUAAAGAAUUUGAUAGAUCUUAUCAAAAGUCUAGAGCAAGAGGUAAUAGACCAAGAGGAAAUUAUGGAUAUUAUAGAAAUGAAAAAGAUGAUGAUAGACAUGAAGAGAAAUAUCACAAUAGAGAUAAGGGAGAUAGGAAUGAAAGAGGAAAUGAAAGAAAUGAGAGAGGAGGAAAAGAUAAAGAUAGAAGAGGAGGUUAAAGAGAUAGAGGAAAUAAUGUAUAUUAUUUUAAUUAAUCUUAGUAAUAUGUAUAAAAAAGUGAUGUACAUCAUUAAUAAUAAUAAUAAUAGUAAUAGUAAUAGUAAUAAUAAUAGUAAUAAUAAUAAUAAUAAUAAUAUUAAUUAAUACCUAAAGCAGUAUUAUAAAAGACACCAAAAUAAAUUAUAAAACAAAAUGCUUUGAAUGCAAAUGAUUUCCCUGCUCUAGAUUCUGAAUAAAAGAGCUGA